CUUCCAUCUCGCAGGUACACCACUCCAUCAUCAACACAUCAUGCCACCAUCAGGCGCUGCUUACAACGUCGAUUGGGUGUGGUCCUUCGACUCUAUGACACAUGUGGCAACCGACCGCGACUGGUUCACAACAUUUACCCCUCUCGCCUCCCAGGUCACCAGCACGCAUAACAACACCACAUACACCGUAGAAGGCAUAGGUUCGGUCGAGAUAGAAGUGCGCAGGAUCGUUGGUAACGCUGCAAAACGAAACGUCGGCCCUAAAAACUCCAAGAUUGUACUCCGCAAUGUGCUAUACGUUCCGAACUUCAUUUGCAACGUGAUGGGCAAUCCCGUGCGAGAGGAUUACGACAUCUCUAUCGGGGCCGAACGGUGGAUUAUGGACAAGAAAACUGGCCGCGGAAUCGGUAUGUUAGACAAGAACCCGGCGGGGCUGGUGAAAAUCCUCUUGAAAGGGCAGGCGAAGGGAGAAACGGGCCUGGUGGGGAAUGUGCCAGAGAGAAUCACUGUUGAGUAUUUGGACGAAGCGAUUCAGAAGUGUAAAGUCUAGAAGGACGCCUGGGAAAUCCUGAGGGCAGCACGGUACUCCUGGCUGCCGUGUCUCGGCUGGUCAACGGGAUCUUCCACCAACUGGUUGUGGGAGAGAACGUUCUACUGCGUCAAGGACAGGUAAAUAUGCGAACCGUGCAGUUGGUAAACCUAGUCUUCGUGGGCAGGCUUUACCGUCUGCUAUCAACACUGCCGUGUAUACUUGCUGGGUACAUUGACCACAUCUCUGUGUGCUUUGUCACCGGCGUCACAAACUCAGAGUUUCUUUGCAACAGCUUUCGUUGGCACGUUCUUCUCCACCGACCCUCCUUUCAU